UCAGUCGUCGUCAUGCAGCUCUUUGUUCGCGCUCAGGAGCUACACACCCUCGAGGUGACCGGCCAGGAGACGGUCGCCCAGGUCAAGGCUCAUGUAGCGUCACUGGAAGGCAUCGCCCCGGAAGAUCAGGUUGUGCUCCUGGGAGGUACGCCCCUGGAGGAUGAGGCUACUCUGAGCCAGUGUGGGCUGGAGGCCCUGACCACCCUGGAAGUAGCUGGCCGCAUGCUUGGAGGCAAAGUCCAUGGGUCCCUGGCUCGUGCUGGGAAAGUGAGAGGUCAGACUCCGAAGGUGGCUAAGCAGGAAAAGAAGAAGAAGAAGACUGGCCGGGCCAAGCGGCGGAUGCAGUACAACCGGCGUUUCGUCAACGUUGUGCCCACCUUUGGCAAGAAAAAGGGCCCCAAUGCCAACUCUUAAAACCUUUGUAAUGUUGGCUUGUUCUAAUAAAGCCAUUUAG